CAGCUUACAGGUCUGUGGGGAGAGCAAACAAAUGGUGAGGGCACAGAUGCCUGUUUGUGGUUGUUAUUGAUUGGUCUGUGCUCCCGAGGCUCCAGGAAAGGCCAGGUCCUCUCAGGUGAUGCCACCUUUGAUGUCCUCCCUUUGCAGAAACAUGCCCUGCUCCGUGGGGGAGGAGGAGUGGACCACCGCCCCGGUCCCCCAGACCAUCGUGGACCUCUUCCAAAAGGGGAACUGGACGAUGGAGAACCCCUCACCCAUCUGCCAGUGUAGCAGUGACAAAAUCAAGAAGAUGCUGCCCGUGUGUCCCCUGGGGGUAGGGGGGCUGCUUCUUCCACAGAGCAUGUCACGGACAUCCCUGUGUCCAUCUGUGUCAUUUUUGAGAUGUUCUUCGUCUCAAGCCAGCUCUGUUGUGUUCCUGAUCCAGGAAUGGGUCCGUGAGGCAGAACACGUGCAGUUCAUCAGCAGAGUGUAGACUGUCACGUACUGGCUCUCCAGUUUUGUGUGGGACAUGGUAA